CGCCGCGGUGUAUUCUGGGUAGGUCAGGGAAAGAGAGUGGAGUGGAGGACGCCAUGUGCUUCUGAGUUCUGACAGACAGUCUGAUUACUGUGUUAUCAGCAGCCGGGAUUAGUUUUUUUUUUUUAUUUGUUCGCAAAGCAGCUAAAGAAAGGAGAAUGUACUGCGCUUUGCACUGCAUCAGGAACUCGCUGCGGAUAGCCGCAAGAACACACCGGCAUCAUCUGUUUGCUCCAACUCUGAAUGCACUACGAGCACUCCACCUUGGCCCCGCCCACCUCUCCGAAGCAAUAGCGACACCACCAUUAGAUGGCGCGCCUAAGCAGUAUCCACCCAAAAUCCAGCAGCUGGUCAACGAUAUCGCCAGCCUCACCCUGUUAGAGGUGUCCGACCUCAACGAGCUGCUCAAGAAAACCCUGAACAUUCAGGAUGUAGGGAUGAUGCCGAUGGGAGCGAUGGCCGUCGCACCGACCGCCACAGCAGCUCCGGCGCUGGAGGAAGACGCUGCCCCGGUGAAGAAGGAGAAAACCCACUUCACGGUGAAACUGACUGAGCUAAAGGCAGAGGAUAAAGUCAAACUGAUUAAGGAAGUGAAGAACUGCAUUCAGGGCCUGAAUCUUGUCCAGGCUAAGAAGCUGGUGGAGACCCUGCCACAGGAGAUUCGGGCGAACGUUUCCAAAGAUGAGGCGGAGAAACUGAAAGCGGCUCUAGAAGCAGCAGGAGGCACCGUGGUCCUGGAGUAAAUCACCACACAACAUCAAGGCGUCCAACCUCUUAAUUAUUGUCCCUAUUUUCUUUCCCUCAUUUUUUUUUUUUUUUUUUUACAACAAA